CGGAGAGGGUGGGUAAACAGGCGAGGGGGCGAUUUCUUGUGGCUGGAUUUCUUAUUAGAUCGAGCAGUUUCGUCGGUAGGUGUCCAAAGGCGCGACCUUUGAUGGAUUUUUGUACCUGUUCAUCGAAGAGUCCUUGGGUCACUGGUCGCAAGUUUGAUUUUUGAUGCGAUUUCUUGAUUCGAAGGUUUCCCUCUGUAUCAUCCGAGAAGAUGAGAGUUUUUAGCCUCGAGAGCGUUAUAGAGGAAUUUGAAGCGUUGACGAACGAUGCUGGACGGCUCCAGACAGAGUCUCUCCGAAAGAUUCUGGAGCAAAAUGGUGAAGCAGAGUACUUGCGGAACUUAGGCCUCGGAGGAAGAACUGACCCGGAGAGCUUCAGAGCUUGCGUCCCUUUGGUCACUCAUAGAGAUCUGGAGCCUUAUAUUCAGAGGAUAGCCGAUGGUGAUACUUCUGUUCUCACGGGGAAGCCUAUAACUUCAAUUUCACUCAGUUCUGGUACCACACAAGGCAAACCCAAGUUUCUACCAUUCAAUGAUGAGCUAGUUCAGUCCACAAUGCAGAUAUAUAGGACUUCAUUUGCAUUCAGAAACCGAGAAUAUCCAAUCGGAGAUGGAAAAGCUCUGCAGUUCAUCUAUAGCAGCAGGCAGGUAAAAACUAAAGGAGGCCUUAUUGCGACAACAGCUACAACCAAUGUGUACAGAAGUGAACAAUUCAAGCGCACUAUGAAGGAUAUCCAGUCUCAAUGCACUAGUCCUGAUGAAGUUAUAUUUGGUCCAGAUUUCCGGCAGUCCUUAUAUUGCCACCUCCUUUGCGGGCUGAUCUACUCAAACGAAGUGCAGAUCAUAUCUUCCACCUUUGCUCACAGUAUAGUUCAUGCUUUUCGAACACUUGAGCAGGUGUGGGAGGAGCUGUGCAUGGAUAUUAGAGAAGGAGUUCUCUCCAGCAGAAUCACUGUCCCAUCUAUACGUUCAGCUGUUUCUAAGCUUUUAAUCCCCAAUCCCAGCCUAGCAGACUCUAUAUACAACAAGUGUGUGAGAUUAAGCAACUGGUAUGGCGUGAUUCCAGAGCUUUGGCCCAAUGCCAAGUAUGUCUAUGGCAUUAUGACCGGAUCUAUGGAACCGUACUUGAAGAAAUUAAGGCAUUAUACCGGAAGCCUACCCCUCAUGAGUGCUGACUAUGGAUCUUCAGAAGGAUGGAUCGGUGCUAACGUAAAUCCUAGUUUAAUUCCUGAGUUGGCAACCUUUGCAGUGCUUCCUAACAUUGGCUACUUCGAGUUCAUCCCUUUAGAGAAACCUGAGGAGCAGGAGCUGGAGAAUAUUGCCUCCACCAUUCACUAUAUAGAAUCUGAGCCAGUUGGCCUGACUGAAGUUGAAGUUGGCAAGGAGUAUGAAAUUAUUGUUACCAAUUUUGCAGGUUUGUAUCGGUAUAGGUUGGGAGAUGUGGUUAGGGUAGCUGGCUUUCACAACUCUACACCCGAGCUUCAAUUCGUAUGCAGGAGAAGCCUGGUGCUGAGCAUCAAUAUCGACAAGAAUACCGAGAAAGACCUGCAGUUGGCUGUCGAAGAAGCAGCGAAGCUCUUGGCCGCGGAAAAGCUCGAGGUUGUGGAUUUCACGAGCCAUGUUGACACUUCAACGGAGCCUGGACAUUACGUAAUCUUCUGGGAGUUGAGCUCUGAUACAACUGAGGAGGUUCUUCGCAGCUGCUGCAAUUGCUUAGACCUCGCCUUUGUCGAUGCUGGCUACAUCGGAUCUAGAAAGGUUGGCACCAUUGGACCUCUCGAGCUUCGUGUUGUACGCAAGAAAACAUUCGAGAGGAUCUUGGAGCAUUUCCUCGGACUUGGGGCUGCCAUGAACCAGUUCAAGACACCACGCUUCGUCAGCCUGUCGAACAGCAAGGUCUUGCAGAUCUUGUGUAGGAAUGUCACUAGGUGCUACUUCAGUACUGCCUAUGACAUCUAAAACUCGUGUAUCAUCCUCUUUUGUGAUUCGUCUUUCCUUUCUCUGUAAUCCUUUUAGCUUAUCAAGUUCCUCGACGGUCCUACUUAGUUCCUCCUGUAAAUCUUCAUGGCUGUAGCACAAGAACAGUGGUGUACUAUUGCAGUUGCAAUGUGAAUGUAGGAUCACAGUGCUUUUGCCGAUUUCAGUUCA